AUGGACAGUGGCAUGUGUCACGUGCUAGUGACCAAAUUCGCUGACACCUCUACAAAGCAAGAGAUGAGUAACAGUCGAUCUUACUUGACAACGACAGCUCACCAAUCCCUCAGUUCAGAAGCGCUCAGCAUGGGUUCACUCGAUGCGCGCAGUCCUCAGAAGGACGUGUGGUAUACUAGACUGCUCAACGAUUUCAAGCGGGCUGACGAAGGAGAAACCACCCGGUCCGUUGCGGACUCGGAUAUGGAGGUGGACGGGAAGCGCUACAAGGAGAUGACUGACGUGGAGCGCGCCGUGUGCGACGCCGCGCGAAACUCCUCGCAGCUCAGCAAAAAUCUGUCGAUCCGACACCUGCUGACACUGGCAGUGGGUGGUGCUAUCGGCACGGGUCUGUUCGUGAACUCAGGCGCGUCGCUGAACACCGGCGGCCCGGGCUCCAUUCUAAUCGCAUGGACGCUAAUUUCUACAUGUUUGUUUACCAUCGUCAACUCGCUCGGUGAACUUGCCUCUGCGUUCCCGGUUGUAGGCGGUUUCAACGUGUACAUCACACGCUUCGUGGAGCCCUCUUUUGGCUUCGCCGUCAACAUCAGUUACCUUGCCCAGUGGGCAGUGCUCCUGCCACUGGAGCUGGCAGCUGCAUCCAUUACCAUCAAAUACUGGAACAAUAAAAUCAACUCGGACGCCUGGGUUGCCAUCUUCUACGUCUGCAUAGCGCUCGCCAAUAUGCUGGAUGUUAAAUCGUUUGGCGAAACAGAGUUUGUGCUUUCGAUGGUCAAGAUUCUGGCCAUCUUUGGCUUUGCCAUCCUAGGUACGGUGCUCAUCUGCGGCGGUGGGCCUGUUGGAGGUUUCAUUGGUGCCAAGUACUGGCAUGAUCCUGGCGCCUUCGUCGGAGACACCCCGGGAGCCCAGUUUAAGGGUCUCUGCUCUGUUUUCGUGACUGCGGCGUUCAGUUACAGUGGCACCGAGCUCGUCGGCGUGUCAGCUGCCGAAUCGAUAAACCCGCGCUACACCAUUCCGCGCGCAUCCAAGAGAUCUUUCUGGCUCAUUACCUCCUCAUACCUCCUGGUGCUCACCAUCGCAGGCUGCCUCGUCCCCAGCAACGACCCCAGACUGUUGAAUGGUAUGUCAUCGGUCGACGUCGCGGCGUCGCCACUCGUUAUCGCCAUCGAAAACGGCGGUAUUAGGGGCGUGCCAUCGUUGAUGAAUGCAAUCAUCCUGAUCGCCAUCAUCUCGGUCGCGAACAGCUCGGUGUAUGCAUGCUCGAGGUGCAUGGUAUCGAUGGCGCAGGUCGGAAAUCUGCCCAAGGUCUUCAACUACAUCGACAGGAAGGGACGCCCGCUCGUCGCCAUCCUGGCCACCCUAGUGUUUGGGCUGCUGUCCUUCGUCGCCGCCAGUGACAAGCAGGAGGCAAUCUUCACCUGGCUGAGCGCGCUGUCCGGCCUCUCGACCCUCUUCUGCUGGUUCGCCAUCAACAUCUCACAUAUCCGUUUCCGGCGUGCGAUGUGCGCGCAGCAGCGCUCGCUUGACGAACUUCCCUACCUCUCGCUCACGGGCGUCCUAGGCUCGUGGUACGGCGCUGCAGUGCUGUUGUUCGUCCUCGUCCUCUCCUUCUGGACUUCGCUGUUCCCCCCGGGCAGCUCCGGGCCCUCUGCAGAGUCGUUCUUUGAGGGCUACCUGUCCUUCCCUAUCUUCCUGAUUUGCUACAUCAGCCAUAAGCUCUACAAGAGGGACUGGCGCCUCUUCAUACCUGCUGGACAGAUCGACGUGGACAGCGGCAGACGCGCGCUCGAUAUCGAGGAGCUGAAAGAGCAGAAGCUCCGUGAGCAGGCAGAGACCGCCAAGAAGCCGUUUUACGUCAGAUGGUGGAUUUUCUGGUGUUGA